AUGGCCGAUUUUCCGUUUAUUUGUAUUUGUAAAUUCUUCUCCUUUGCCGCCUUCAUAGCCGCAUUGGCCGUCGCUUGCGCUGACGUCUCCGAACUGGGUUACGGCUACCAGCAGCCGGCAGCUAGCGCUCCAUCUCGUUCAUACAUUCCGCCAGCGGCAUCUGCUCCUGCACCAGCUUAUCACCCAGCACCCGCUGCAGCUGCUCCAGCUCCAGUCUAUCAGCCAGCUCCUGCACCAUCAGCUCCCGUCUCAUCUUACAUUCCACCUGCACCGGCUGCCGCAGCACCUGAACCCGUUUACGCUCCAGCUCCAGCUGCCGCCGCUCCUGAGCCAGUUUACCAACCAGCUCCAGUUUACCAACCCGCACCAGCGGCACCUGCGCCCGUGUAUCAACCAGCUGCUUCCGAAGUUUACGAGCAACCCGCACAGGACGGCUACAGAUACCGCACCGUCCGUCGUCGUGUCUACAAGCAACGUCGCUUCUAA